GUUGUUUCCUUUUUCGACCGCGUGGAAACGUAUUGAGCAAUAUGUUUUGGCAGUCCAAUGUCACGCGGCUGCGUUUGCUAAUAUCUCUGUGAUCAGGCAAUCAGAAUUCAGAAUCAUACAGUUGAAUCAUGCCGAAGAGACGAAAAAGUAGGCAAUCAAAAAAAGCUGCAUCUGUUGAAGAGGAGGCUCCGGUGGAAGAGAUUCAAGAUGAAGAAUCUCGGGAUUCUAGCUUGCAAGAAGAGGAGUCAUCAGGUGAAGUGGCAAACAAAGACAGCAUUGAAGAUAUUGACAAAAACCAAACUGAAAACAAAGACUCUUCUGCUGAUGAGAAGAUCAAGGACAAUUCAAGUCCAAAUAUUGUGGGUGAAAUGUCAGAGGGUACCACCAAACAGGACAAGGUAGAGGAGAUUGAACCUAUGGAAACCACACCUGAAGAAACCACAGCUCCCGCUGACAAAAAAUCAAACGAAACCACUGCAAUUGAUAAUUCUGCCACUGAUAAAGUUGACACAGAUAAUGAUGCAGUUGAAACACCUACAGAACCACCUAGUGGCAAUGUUAACAUUGAGCAAACUGUCAAACCCUCUACAACGGAAAGUGACGUUGUUCCCAAUCCAUCUGACGUUGCAAAUCUUAAUAUGGAAGUAGACAAAUCACAAUCUGAAGAAAAUCUGAAUCAAAUUGAUAAUGAGGAUGACAAGAAAAAUCAAGAAACCAAUGAAAAAACAGAAACUGAGGAAGAAGGGAUUCCUACUGGGCCUACCGUAGAGAAGAUCCCGACAUCACCUUUAUGCUAUGAUGAUGAAAAAGAUGAAAUUCCAAUCGAUCCAGAAGGAGAUGAAGGAGAAGUCGUUAUUGGAUCUGAAUCUGCAGAAUUCUUGAAAUACUGGCGAGCUGUUCUUGAGAAUCCUCAGGAUUUCACUAAUUGGACUUAUUUGUUACAACUCGUGGAACAGGAGAAUAAGUCUCCUCUUGCUCGUCGGGCUUACAAUGGAUUUUUUAAACGAUAUCCUCUCUGUUACGGAUACUGGAAAAAGUUUUCAGAAAUGGAAAAGCGUCAUGGAAAUUACGUUCGAGCCCAAAGGAUUUUGGAAAGAGGUGUCCGUGCUAUACCUCUCAGUAUUGAUCUGUGGGUUCAUAUGAUAGAUUUCUACACAACCAAUUAUAAAGGACCUGACGCAGGGAAAGAAAAAGUCAAAAUAAUAUUCGAGCGAGCUGUCAAAGCAGCAGGGCCUGAGUUCCGAUCUGAAAAGUUAUGGAACAAAUACAUACACUGGGAACAAAGCAACAAAGAUUGGAAUGCUGUCAUUGAUAUUUAUGACAGAGUACUGAAACUACCUACACAACAUUAUGCUAUAUUUUUCAAGGAUUACAAAGAAUUUGUGAUGUCCCGAUCACCAAAGGAGAUUCUGUCGUAUCAGGAAUUUGAAGAAAUGUUAGAAGAAGUUCGAGAUGAUGCAGAUGCCUUGGAAAAAGAUAAAAAGAAAGAUGCAGAAGAUCAAGAGAUGCAAGAGGAUGUGGAUGAUGAUGCUCCUCCAGGUGUAGAAUCGAAUGACAGAGGAAAACCUCCCAAUGAAAAGGAAUUAAAAGCUGUUAGUGAGAAGAUAAUUGAAAAAAAGAAGAAAAUGUUUGAUGAAACUGAGGCAUCUGUCACAAAGAUAUGGACCUUUGAGGAAGGAAUAAAGAGACCUUAUUUCCAUGUAAAAGCAUUAGAGCGAACACAGAUCAAAAACUGGCGUGAUUAUUUAGAAGCUGAAAUUGGCCGUCAAGAUAACGCGGAGCGAGUCGUAUUAUUAUUUGAAAGAUGCCUUAUUGCAUGUGCCCUUUAUGAAGACUUUUGGCUGAAGUAUGCGAGGUAUUUGAUGAAGUCUGAUAGCUCACGUGCAAGAGAUGUUUAUCGAAGAGCUUGUCAAAUACAUUUACCAAAGAAACCCAAUAUUCAUCUACACUGGGCAACAUUUGAGGAAUUGGAAGGACAUCAUGAUGUUGCUGCUAAAAUUCUUGAAGAUCUUGAGAAAACCUUGCCAAACUUGGCCAUGGUUAAAUUACGAAGAGUUGCAAUUGAAAGGAGAGCUGGAAAUAUUCAGGCUGCUGAAGAUAUCAUGAAAGGUUAUGUAUCUGCUGCAGAGAAGGGAACUGACGAAUGUUUCUACAUCAGGAAAUAUGUUUGGUUCCUUGUCAAGGUAUCAAACAAAAUUGAUGAAGCCAGACAAGUGCUUAAGGAUGCUAUACAAGCCAAUGCUGAUAAGCUUCAGUUGUACAAAGAUCUGGUAGGUUUGGAGUUUUCUCAUGGAAGUGAAGACCAAGUUAUAGCUGCUUGUGACCUGGCUUUAGAGAGUUCUCUUUCAGAUGAAGUGAAAUUUCAAUUUUCACAGCGGAGGUUGGAAUACCUUGAAGAUUUUGGAACUGAUGCCAAAAGGAUGCAGAAAGCUUAUGACGAUCAUCAAAAGUUGUACAGAAGUCAUAAGAAGAGAGUACAAAGCGUAUCAGAAACUUCUGCUGUUCAACCUGUUGCCAAGAAGUCAAAAACAGAAGUUACAAGUCCAGUCAGUGGUGGCAAUAAGAUCAUGACAACAGCCUCAAGGGGACAAUAUUCUGCUAAGCCAACAACCAACGGCACUUACUCCACUAACCAGGUAACAGUUUCUGCACAGCCACAAUCAGCAACAACAAUUCAGAGUACACAGCAAGUUUAUCCACAAGUCGCAGCAGCAAGUGGCGAUCCAAGUUUAUACUAUCAAAACUAUUGGAAUUACCAGCAGAAACCAGAGGUGCAGCAAUAUAAUUAUAGCCAGUGGCCUCAAUAUUCCCAGCAAUAUUAUCAGCAAUGAAGAAAACAACAUUAAAAAAUAGAAGAACAAACAGUAACUUGAAAAUAAACAACAAAACAAA